UAUGCAUGGGCGGCUCGCCGCGGGCGUCAGUUUAUUCGUAGGAACCACCGUGAUCGGUCGCACGAGACGUUUCGCUUGAAAAAAGUUUACCAGAUACAUUAGUCAAUCAAAAAAUUUCAACAAUGGUUGUUGACAUAGACUUGCCGGACCCAACGGUUCUUAUCAAACUGCACGGCACAUUCAUGAUUAUCGCCUGGAUCCUAUUCUCAUCGAUUGGCACCACAGUCGCAAGGUACUUUAAGAAAACAUGGAUUGCAAAGCAAUACUUUGGUGGAGAAGCGUGGUUUCUGCACCACCGGGUGUACAUGUUCUUUACCUGGCUGCUGACAUGCUGCGGUUUCAUCAUCAUCUUCAUCGACAUGGACGGCUGGCAGGAUCAUGCCCAUGCCGUUGUCGGUCUGAUUACUUUCAUCCUGUGCUUCCUCCAGCCCAUUUUCGGCGCCGCCAGGCCACCGGAGGAUGUUCGAAAAAUCUUCCGCCUGGUGCACGUGGUUUCCGGUCACUUGGCAUACGUUCUGGCAGUAAUCAACAUGUUCCUGGCCAUGAGCCUGACUACGGCCAAAAUGCCGGAAGAGAUGUACGGCUUGUUCGGGGCAGCCGUCGGGUUUAACUUUGUGAUCCACAUAGUGUUCAACGUCCUGGAGCACAUGUCGAUGAAGAAAGGAAUUCCUACAGAUCCUACGAAGGAUGCUUCGUAUUCCAGAUGGCGGAAGGUGACAUUAAUGGCGCAAAUGAUUGGACUGUUUGCGUUUACGGUUGCACUCAUAGCGUUAUUGUGGAACGAUUGAAUAUCCGCCAUAGUGUAACGAUGCCAGCGCAAUGUGUGACAUUGUUGCAAGAAUUGCCAAAAAGUUGUGAUAAGAACUCGACUUCGUUUCAAAUGCUGGGUUAUGAAUGGAAUGCAUGUAUGUUUGUGACUAUUUCAUCGUUAUGUGGUGAACACAUUGAUUAUCUUAAUUGGUUCGAUGAUAGGCAAGAGAUGUUUAAACAUUACUGUUAUCGAUAAUGAGCGAAAUUUGGUUUCGGAUUGAUUAGAUUAUUUCAGUGGAUUUCCACUGCAUUAGAGUUAAGCUACAAUUAGGUCAACACAAGGUAUGCAAGUUAUCUUUAAUGAAACGAUUGCCCUGAUAAUGAAUAUAAAAUACAGACCCUACGCCUUCCCGGGACAUUUUUU